AUGAAUGGUCAGCAGGUUCAGGGGAAUGCUGGCGCUAGCGCCGACGUCUCGGCCGAGGAGGCUCGCCUCAGAGAGGCGAUGAGACAGCUCAAGCUCCUCCACGUCAAGUCUCGCCUUCUGAGAGGCACUAUCCCGAAGAUGCUGGAUCCCCUUGUACAGAAGCAGCCGUCUCCCGAUGUCAUGUAUGCCGCCUUUAUGAGGGCUGUGAAUGAGGCCCAGGGUAACGUCAAGGAAUUCACCGAACUCAUGCGCGAUGAAAAGAGCAAAGAGGUAUUCGCCAUGGCCGAAAAGAGCAGCAAUGAAAACCCUUUUGGCAUCAAGGCCUGGCGCCACCAGGACCAUCCCAACUGGUUCAACUUGGACAAAGACGACUAG